AUGACUUCAGCAGGAACCAAGAGAGGGCCCGGGGCCCAAGAGGAGAUCACUGUGGGGCCAGUAUUGCUUGCAGAGACACCAGCUGGCCCCAACCAGAACUCUAAGUGUUCAGUGACACAAGGCCAGUGUCCAGUGCCAGCCUGUGAAGCCUGCCAGACCCAGGGAGAAGAUGAGUGCCCAGCAGAACCGGCCUUGGAGCUAGAGCUCCAGGAAAGGCUGAAGCCAGAGGUGGGGACUCCAGAAGAGAGGACCCCCAGGCCUCUACCGCUCACUGGGCGGCCCAGCCACAGGACUGGUCACUAUGUCCAUCCUAGGACUGAAGCUGAGAGGCCAGGGGGACUGACACUCCAGAAGGAAGAGCUAGGCAGCAGCCAGAGUGAGCUCUCAUCUGUCAAACAGCACAAAAAGGCCAAGAAGCGCAAGAGUCAGGGGGCCCCAGCGCUCCCACCUGCAGUCAGUACAGCAUCAACCCCAUCGGAGAUCUUGGGGCUGGAGCGCAAGGCCCAGCGCCUGCGGCCCUUGUACCAGUACAUCAACUAUUGCAACCCUGAGCUGAACCAAGCAGGGGACAUGGACAGAGAUGCUGAGCCUGAGACAGAGCAGGCCCAGGUCCCCAAGGAGGCAAAGGCAGCGGAGCAACUGCAUGCCUUGCUGCCUAUGGCAGGUGAGACAAGCUCAGGCUUCGUUUUGCCCUGCACCCAAAUGUUAGCUCCCCCCACCCACAUUCUGGCUCCCCUGGCAGAGGAGGCUAGAGUAGAGUCUGGGGGUCUACCCAGCCUGGGGGUCAGUUGCUGGCCCAAGGCUGAAGUGGAUAAAUCAACUCAGGUGGACAUUGACAAAAUGCUGAGUGUCUGCGCUGCCCCACUUGUGCCCCCACUCUCUCCUCAGUACAGGUGA